GAAUUUAGUUGAAAUUCAAAACGUGUUCAAAAUGAGGCCGUUGAGAAGCAUCGACAUAGAAAUGAUCAAAGAUAUCGGUCUGUUCAAUUUGGAAUCCAUAGGAAGCACUGAAGUUGAAAUGCUCAACUACUUGACAUGUACAACAAGGAAGGGUCCUCUCCAGGGACUGGAUGAAUGUGGUAUAUUUAGCAUAUUCCUUCAUGGGAGCGAGGUUCCAGAUUGGUUCUGCCACAAGUCGAGCAUGGGUGACUCUGAGUUGUCUAUAACUAUACCUCCACAUCGUAAUUUGAAGAUCCGAGGCCUAAAUGCAUGUGUUGUGUAUGCACAAGGUAAGGCUCGUGAUGAGGAAUGGGUAUUGCACUCGGCCGUUCCCAUUCUUCACAUCAAUAAUGAGACCAAGGGUCUUAAGUGGACCUAUGUUCCAGUCACAAUAGGGUUUCCAAAAGAGAAGGAACAUAUGUUAUGGCUUAGUCAUUGGCGAUUCGCAAACGAUGAAUUGGAGGGUGGGGAUGAAAUACGUGUUUCGGUUAGUGAUGAAUUCGAUAUGUUGACGAAGGAAUUUGGAAUCCAGCUUGUGUACGAGCAGAAUAAUAAUGACGGUACUGUAACUGAAGAUAUAACCACAAUGGUCCAGCAUGAAACAACUACGAGCCAGAAUCAAGUCGUUGCUGGAGAUGUGUCAACGUCGGCAUCAAGGUUUCAUAAAAAUUAUACAAAUAAGGUGGGUGAAUACUUUAUUUGUAAUCAUAAGGUGCCGCGGGCAGUUGAAAGAAAAUAA